AAAGUGUCUCAUCCUCCUUCACACUCCCUCCUUCCUCUCAGAUCAAAACGUUGUUGUCUCUAUUCAUCUGGAAUUUGAAAGACACGCAGCAUCACAGGGGUCAGUCAGAAGGUCACAGCCUGGACCAGACCUCGUCGACAUGAAGAAGGGGCUCCAGGCUCAAGGCGGACAUCACGGGAUGGGGGACAAACAGAGGGACAUGUGGAGGGAGACGGAGUGGCAGAGCGGGAGGGCAGAGAGGAAGCUCCUGGCCUUUUGGAUGUCCUUGUCCCAGAGGAGGUGGAGGCUGUUCAGGCCAGCCGUCCAGCGCUCCGCCUCGGCCGCCCGGCUGCUGAAGAGCGAGGCGUGAGGAGACAAAGGGGGUCUUUGUGUGUGUGUGUGUGUGCGUGUGGAUGUGUGUAGGCGUGUGUAUGUAUGUGUGUGUCAGAAGAUUCCUACCAGACCUGCAUUACACUCCACUUCCACGCUGAACGUCCCUCUGAGUUAAAGUCAGACUAACUUUGUUGUGAGUUUUCAAAGCGAAGGUGGAGGUGACAGGUCUUGGGCUGAACAGGAAGUGAUGUCAUCUCACACCUGAGCAGAGCCUUGAAGCGGUGAUGGGUUCAGACCGAUGUGUCAUGGCGGUGGCACAUCAGUCCCUGCAAGCUGCGUUUCCAGGGAACCAGCUCAGAGGCCUCGGCUGCAGAUGGAGCCGCUCUGCCGGCGGCCUCAUGGUGAAGCCGGUCCGGCUCCACAUCCUGCCGGCCGGGCCGGUCAUGGACGCCGCACAACACUGGCAGGUGUUCCAGCAGAUCUCUGAGGUGUUCGUCUUGGUGCCGGCUCUGGUGGGGCUGAAGGGAAACCUAGAGAUGACACUGGCAUCCCGUCUGUCAACAGCAGCCAACAUGGGGCAGAUGGACGAGACUCGGCAGCGCUGGAGGAUGGUGCUCUGUAACAUGGCCCUCAUUCAGGUUCAGGCUACAGUUGUGGGCUUCCUGGCUGCCGUAGCCGCCGUGGCUCUGGGCCGUCUGAGCAGAGAGAGAGUGGACGGUGUCCAGGCUGCCAUCCUGUGUGCCAGCAGCAUCAGCACUGCUUUUAUCGCCGCGCUCGCUCUAGGGCUGGUGGUGGUGGCUGUGAUUAUUGGCUCCAGAAAGCUGGGCAUCAACCCGGACAACGUGGCCACGCCCAUCGCUGCUAGCCUCGGUGACCUCAUCACCCUGUCCCUGCUUGCUGGGGUCAGCAGCUUCUUCUUCACCUACAGAGAUCUGUGGUACCUGCCCACCGUGGUGGGGGGCUUCUUCCUGCUGCUCACCCCCGUGUGGGUCAUCAUCGCCAGCCGCAGUCCACCAAUCAGAGAAGUCCUAAAGUCAGGAUGGCAGCCGGUCAUCUUGGCCAUGUCUGUCAGCAGCAUUGGUGGUCUGAUUCUGGAUAAAACUGUGAGCAACCCCAGCUUUGAAGGCAUGGCUGUGUUCACCCCCAUCAUCAACGGAGUUGGAGGAAAUCUGGUGGCGGUCCAAGCGAGCAGGAUGUCUACCUACCUCCAUUACUGGAGCGUUCCUGGAGCUCUCCCAGUAAAAAUGAGUGCUGACUGUCCUGGACCCUGCUCCGCCUUCUGCUCCUCAGAUGUGAACUCUAAAUCAGCCAGAGUUCUGGUCGCCCUUGUGGUACCGGGUCACCUCCUCUUCCUCUACACAGUCCAGCUGCUGCGGGGAGGCCAUACCGCCAUGACGCCUACCUUCAUCAUCUGCUACCUGUGUGCAGCUCUGCUUCAGGUGGUGGUUCUGCUCUACUCUUCCGUCCUGAUGAUCCGCUGGCUGUGGAGACGGAGUUUGGAUCCAGAUAACUACUCCAUCCCCUACCUCACGGCUCUGGGGGACCUGCUGGGAACUGCUUUCUUGGCCCUGACCUUCAGGUUUCUUAUGACGGGCAGCUCUGAAGAGACCGGGCUUCUGGUCAGCACUAGUACCUAAUGUGAAAGACUGAAGCACCCUGCUGAGCUCACUGCAACUGCAGUUGAAAGACAAUGAAACAAAAAGACAGGUGGUGACUUAAUAAUUAGAGAUGCUAUAAUCUGACUUUGGAUCAAACCGUAAUUCUGUCACAAUCAUUAUUCACUAUAAGGGAAAACAAAACGCUCACAUAAUGUGUAGCUUAAAAAACAACAACUCAGAUUUUGUUCUGCUGUCAGUCUUGAUUGUUUAGUUGAUCUUUAGUAAACUGUCUGGACCAGGGGUGGGCAAUCCUGGUCCUCGAGGGUCGGUGUCCUGCAACUCUUAGAUGUCUCCCUGA